CCUCCCUUUUGGGAGCAGUUUGGAGACCAUGACUAGUGAGCUCUGCAUAAACCAGCUCAAGUACACGCUUCCAGAAUGAGAUGCAGCAAGCAAAACAAGCCUGCCAUUUUCCAUCCGGGCCAACCAGGAAAACUGCCUUCGGAAGAAGUGACAGAAAUGCAGAAAAAGGAGGGGGAAAAGUUCAAACAGGGAAAGUGUGUGUGUGUGUGUGUUCAUAUCAAGUAGCGUGUAGUCCCAAACUUGUACAUCUUUUCUAGUUUAUUCUAUUUGGUUUCAGUACACAGUAUAGAGCAUAUGAAAUAGAAGUCAAGUAAUUCUGUGUUUUCUUUAACGUUCUAUUUUAUUGCAUACCCUGCAUUGGAGGCCGUUGCUAUUCUUUUAAUUUGGGUACUUGGGAGACCGGUUGGAGGUGUGUGUGAAAAGCUGUCAAGGCUAAGCGUGGACAGUUAAUUUUACCCUGGAGCCACUGUAAGUUUGAGAAGGGAAGUCACUUGGAGCGUUUUCUCUGUUUGUACUCUUCUUUCCCCUAAAGGUUUGUUUUUAGCUGCCGAGUAUCGCACCAGCUGAGUACUCCAGAACCACGAUUGUUCUUUUUGUUUCUGUAGGUAACACUUUUGCUCUUCCUUUCUUGACUCUGAAAAACAGCUCCUGCCAUUUGAAGCAGAGACUCAUUUUCAGUGUACCUGCUGUAGGUGGAACUAGCUUCUCUUUGGGAUCACAAUGACCAUGGAAGGCAGGGGAACAUUAGGUCUCAUCCCCAGGACGUCUGUGCAUCAGCAGCAGGAGGGGAGCUUGACUGUGAAGCAGGAACCAGGAAACCAGACCUGGGGACAGAGCUGCAGUCUCCAGAAGAACUACCCCCCUGUCUGUGAAAUUUUCCGGCUGCACUUCAGGCAGCUGUGUUACCAUGAGACGUCUGGGCCCCAGGAGGCCCUGAGCCGGCUCAGGGAGCUCUGCCACUGGUGGCUGAUGCCAGAGGUCCACACCAAGGAGCAGAUCCUGGAGCUGCUGGUGCUGGAGCAGUUCCUGAGCAUCCUGCCCAGGGAGCUCCAGACCUGGGUGCAGCUCCGUCGUCCUGAAACUGGCGAGGAGGCUGUGGCUGUGGUGGAGGAUUUCCAGAGACACCUUAGUGGGUCAGAGGAGGUUUUGUCUCCAGUACAAGAGCAGGAUGUGCAUUUAAGGAAGAUGAUAUCUCUGGGUGGAAUAGAACAAUCUCCUACCUCAGCCUCCAGUCAAGGCUCAGCUCCUGAGGCCCACCUGGAUCCUCCUUGUGACCCAAGAGCCCACCAACGCCCUCACGGAUGCUGCGGUCCUGCUUGUCUUGAAGUGGGGAGUGCCAGAGCCCAGGCUACUGUGGGGAACUCCACAGUGGCUGCCGAGCUUAGGGUGGUCAGGCCUCGGGAGAUUACAGUGAAUAAGGACUCUAUGCAGAAAAGGUGGAAAAGCCUGGCACUCAGUCAGAAGGCCCUGAGCCAGAACAUGAUGGAGGAAAAUGAGCACAGCGUGGCCUCUCUGGCAACAGGUAAGAACAGGAUGGAAAGUUCUGAGUACACUCCAAAGCACGACGUUUCUGAAGAAUUCGAUUCAUUUGACAUAUCCUCAGCGGGACUCUUCGGAAUGGCGUUGGUAGAAGCAGAGUCUGGAGAUAUCUGUAAAGAUCCUGUAGCACAGGUGGAAGGGCAGCCCUCAGAUGAUGAAAGGAGUGAACGAGAAAGUGACUUCUUGGAAAAGAAAGCUAAGAAAAAUUCCACAGAACACAGAAAUGAGGAGUGUAAAGAUGGAGGGGAACAUGCAGAUCUUCCCUCUAGUUCUGCUGAGCUUCAGCAAGACGCAAAGAGACGGAAGCUCUAUCAGUGUGAGGAGUGGGACAGAGUUUGUAACCAGAGCUCACACCUCCUUGGACACCAGAGAACCCAGCCUGGAGAGAAACCCUGUGAGUGUAAUGACUGUGGGAAGACCUUCCGACAGACCUCUCAGCUAACUGUUCACCUUACAGCACACGCGGCGGGGAGGCCUUAUGAAUGUCUUGAGUGCGGGAAGACGUACCAGCUCUGUUCCCGUCUUAGCCAGCACCAGAGACUCCACGAUGGGGAGACACCGUCUGAAUGCCAUGAGUGUGCCAAAGCCUUCACUCAGAGUUCCCAGAUCCUGGACCACAGGAGAACCCACACUGGGGAGAAGCCUCAUGAGUGCAACGAGUGUGGGAAAACCUUCUGCUCCAACAGAAAUCUUAUUGACCACCAGAGAACCCACACGGGGGAGAAGCCUUAUGAAUGUCGUGUGUGUGGCAAGGCCUUUAGUCGGAGUAAGUGUCUUAUUCGACAUCAGAGUCUCCACAGUGGGGAGAAACCGUACAAAUGCAGUGACUGUGGGAAAGCCUUCAACCAGAACUCUCAGCUCAUUGACCAUGAACGGAUUCAUACUGGAGAAAAGCCUUUUGAAUGCAGUGAGUGUGGCAAGAAAUUCAGUUUAAGUAAAUGCCUUACUCGGCACCAGCGACUUCACACUGGAGAAAAGCCCUAUAAAUGCAGCGAGUGUGGGAAAUCUUUCAAUCAGAACUCUCACCUCAUCAUCCACCAGAGGAUCCACACUGGGGAGAAACCGUACGCGUGUAAUGAGUGCGGGAAGGUCUUCAGCUACAGCUCUAGCCUCAUGGUUCACCAGAGAACCCACACUGGGGAGAAGCCCUACAAGUGUAAAGAUUGCGUGAAAGCCUUCAGUGACAGCUCACAGCUGAUUGUGCACCAGAGAGUUCACACUGGCGAGAAGCCUUACGAGUGUAUCGAGUGUGGGAAAGCCUUCAGUCAGCGCUCCACAUUCAACCACCACCAGCGGACACACAGUGUGGAGAAGCCCGCGAGUCUGCUUCGGACAGACAAUGCGGAAUUCUGAGUUAGCUUUGUUUAUAAGGAGGGUAUUUACCAUACUCUCUUGGAAGCAUUAUUCAAAUGGCCAUUGCUUAGUGCUCUUUCCUUUGGGCCACUAAGGUAGGGGAGCAGUAGUAACUAGUGCAGUCUUUUCUCCCCACUGUUGGAAAAGUAAGAGCCACGUAUUCCGUUUACUUCUAGCUUUUUAUUUUUUAAACUGUUUUAAAAUAUACCUCAUUUUUUAGUUUUGCAUUCCAGGAUUUGUGACUUUCAACACAGAGAUACUAUCUCUACUUCAUCCUAACUUCUUUGACCACUGACUGACUCGCACACGACACGACUCUCAUCGCUCCACUUUGUGGCUGUAGCUCUUCGUUUACUUUGCCCCUCACAUUUGUUUACAUA